AUGCUUCGCAAGAAUGGAGUCCAUCAAAGGUUCAGGACGACCUAUCACCCUCAAACUACUGGGCAAGCGGAAGUCUCCAACCGGCAGAUUAAGUCCAUUCUUGAGAAGACGGUUGCGAAUAAUAGGAAAGAUUGGUCCGACAAGCUCGAUGAUGCACUCUGGGCAAACCGGACAGCUUUCAAGACUCCCAUUGGCACUACCCCAUACAACUUGGUCUACGGGAAAGCAUGUCACUUUCCGGUCGAAUUAGAGCACCGCGCUCAAUGGGCAAUCAAGAAGAUAAACUUUGAGCUAGCAAGCGCGGGGGAGCAACGGAUGUUGGAGCUUCAUGAGUUGGAGGAACUUCGAAUGGAGCGUAUGAUAGUGCGAGCCUCUACAAAUCGCGAUCCAAGGAGUGGCAUGACCGGAAAAUAG